AUGUCUGACUCUUUGAUCAACACGAUAGGCAUUAUGCUUGAUUACUAUCAAAGAACAAAGAUGUUCAUGUCAGAAGAUAACUCGGAACUCAAAAUGGUGUUUGUCGGUGCGUUAUUCCAGGCUCUAAUACCCGCUUUUAUACUUCCGGCGAGUAUAUUAUUUGACAUAUAUGGGUUCAGAAAAGUAACAGCACUAGGGCUUCUAUUGGUAGCUGCUGGUCUGGUAUCUGGAAGCUUUGCUACUUCGAUAUGGCAUUUAUACUUGGCGAUAAGUCUUUGUGUUGGCUUAGGCACCGGUAUUCUAUGUACAGUCGGUAGUAGAAUCGUACCGCAAUGGUUCGUAAAGUAUCGUGCAACGGCACUGGGUAUACAGGCAAGCUCAGUAUCCAUCAUGGGGAUCGUUACACCAUUUAUAAUGGUUGCUAUCAAUGACACUCUAGGUGCACCUUGGACACUCCGAGUCCUUGGCUGCGCUUUGUUCACCAUCGGCAUUUUCAGUGUUGUUCUCGCCAAGGAGAAUGUUCAUCACCGGACAGCUACGGCGGGUGAAGCAAAGCACCAUUUUAAUUAUAUUGGUGUGCUUAAAAACGUUGACAUGCUACUAUGGAUGAUGGUUGGUCCAAUUCAGGCCUAUGCAUCUUAUAUAUUAUAUACGUUUCUGCCUCCAUAUGCAACCUACGUUGGGCUCUCGAGCUUACAAGGCGGUGCCCUUAUAUCGACGAUGUCAGCAAUAGGAGUUGUCGGCAACAUCCUUUCUGGGGUUUUAGGGGACAAAAUUGGAAACCUGAACACAUUUGUUUUGAGCAUGACUGUGGCUUCUAUCAGUGUUUUCUUGAUAUGGAUAUCCGCGCACAACUUUGCAGUAUUGAUGGUUUUUGUUUUGGCAGUGGGCCUGAAUACCGGAUGCUACUACGUUUUAUCGCCAGCAAUAAUCCUCGAUAUAAUCGGCAUAAAAAUGUAUUCUCCCGCUCUCGGCUUAAGCUAUCUUGCAUGCGUUUUAAGCAUUGGUGGUCCUCCAUUAGCAACCUAUCUGAACUCCAAUAAUCAUCACGACCCGUUCUUAUAUUCUAAAAUAAUAUCCGGCUUAGGAUUUGCCCUGUGUGCAUUGCUCACUGUGAUACUCAAAUAUCAAAUGAAAAAGAGCUUGUUUUCAAAAGCUUAA